AUGCCUCGCGUUGCUCUGGUGACUGGUGGUGCCCAAGGCCUCGGCGAAGCCAUCGCCCUCAAGCUUGCGGAGGAGGGACUCGACGUCGCCGUCGCGGACAUCGCGCAGAAGGAAGGCCAGCUCGAAGCUGUCGCGAACGCGAUCCGCGCAAAGGACGCCGCGCGGCUUUCUUCACGGGCGACGUCACGAAGGAGGCCGACGUUGUCGCGAUACUCCACGCGUGAACGUGAAGGGAGUCUUCUUGCAGGUGAAGCACUCGCGAAGCAAAUGAUAAAGCAGGGCAAAGGGGUGUUAUCAUCCGAACUUGCUCCUCACAACAUCACCGUCAUCGCCUACGCCCCCGGGUUCAUCAAGACACCGAUGAUUUCCCCGAAGACGCCAGCUGGGAGAUUACAUGACCGUGAAAAGGGUACGAGACUGGGCUUGCCUGACGAAUUCGCCGUCGAUGAGAUCGAUUUGAUCGAGCAGUAA